AUGGCGUACAAACGCUUUUACAGAGUUACGAGCGAUACUUCAGCUGUCAAGUAUGAGAACGGGGUGGGAUUUGUUGCUGGCGAUACGACUUGUGUCCGCUCGUUGUCUCCACGGACCUACUCCGAGAAGCGCGAGGCCAAAGAGCAGUUUGAACGACAUAUGGACUGGGGUAAUAGAGAGCUCACGCCGUUUAUUUCCGCGUACUCCCUGAAAUCAAGAGCAGAGGAAGAGGCGGAACGUCGCGCAGAGGGGGAUGAAGAUGAUGUGGUCCUGUGGACCAUUGAAGUGGAAAGGUCUGAGCGGAGUGUUCAGUGGGAGGAGGCCUUUGUUUUGGAGCAUGAGCUUCAGGCACAAAUCCCUCACCAGGGGUUGCAUAAUGCUGAGCACGAGGUUCUGUUCCUUCAUGAAAUUCCAAGGAGGCUGGUUGUUAAAGGGACGAAAUUUAUAUGGAAGCAUGGGGGCAUUUGGGUCAAGGAUUUUCCGAUUAGAAACCGCAAUUAG